CAUUCGCUCGUACGCUCCGUCCAAAGCGGACUUAAGUAGUAGAGGCUCGUUGUCGUCGCCGACGUCCUCGUCGUUUAUCGUAGUCGAACCGUAGCAGAUCGGACGGAUCGAGGCUGAAGAGGACGUAGCCGAAGCACAUCGGGAUAUUAAAGUCGGAAACCGCGCGCUCAACGGGGAAUCCAUUCGUGUAAUUUCUCACAAGCGGCAGUGAAGAGCUCACGCACAUCAUCUACAUCUGCAUUGUCCAGUGAGCACUAUCAGGCCGAGGACUGACGAUUGAAAGACGCCCAAGUCGAUUGACCAUCAUCGAGCAAAGAGAGAAAAAGAGGAGUGAUAAAGAAGAUAUGAUGGCAGUCGCAGCCGCUCAGAAGAACCGCGAAAUGUUCGCCAUCAAGAAAUCUUACAGUAUUGAGAACGGGUAUCCAGCGCGACGACGUUCCCUCGUAGACGAUGCCCGUUUUGAAACGCUCGUCGUCAAACAGACGAAGCAGAGUGUACUCGAGGAAGCUCGACAACGAGCGAAUGAUACGAACGCGGAUCAGACAAUUACUUGUACUAAGAAAAAAGGACAAGAAGAUAAUUACAUCGACAUUUCAUCAAGUGAUGAUGAACAGGUGGAAUCAUUAGUUUGCGCAGUGCAGGAGGAAGAAGCGAAAGCGGAGGCUUCAUCAGACAGUGAUGGAAAACCGGAUGAUGAUGACGAUGAUGAUGCCGGAUUAACCGAGGAGGAAGUAGUGCUCGCGAAAACUAUAGCCGAAUCUCCGGAUAGCGAGCAGAACGUGCAGAAAGCGGCGCUGGUAUUGAGAUUGCGAGAGGGUAUCGGCUCUCUAGGCAGGAUCCUAAAGACAAUCGAAAAUUUCAAGGGCACGAUCACUCAUGUCGAGUCACGGCCCUCCAAGAAGGAGGGUCUGCAGUUCGAGGUCUUGGUCAAGAUUGACAUGAGCAGACAGAGUCUGUUGCAGUUGAUUAGAAAUCUACGACAAAGCUCGGCCUUGGACGGCGUAAACCUGCUCGCCGACAAUUCCGUCAGCAUCAAAGAUCCCUGGUUUCCCCGUCACGCCUCCGAUCUCGACAAUUGCAACCACCUAAUGACUAAGUACGAGCCGGAUCUCGACAUGAAUCAUCCAGGCUUCGCCGACAAAGAGUAUCGCGCUCGUCGCAAGGUCAUUGCCGAAAUUGCUUUCGCUUACAAGUACGGCGACCCGAUACCUUCUAUUCCUUACACCGAGACAGAAAACGAAACUUGGUCGCGCGUCUUCAACACUGUGUUGGACCUGGUGCCGAAAUAUAUAAAUCGAACUUUUAAUUUAUAUUUUUAGAACGGGUAUCCAGCGCGACGACGUUCCCUCGUAGACGAUGCCCGUUUUGAAACGCUCGUCGUCAAACAGACGAAGCAGAGUGUACUCGAGGAAGCUCGACAACGAGCGAAUGAUACGAACGCGGAUCAGACAAUUACUUGUACUAAGAAAAAAGGACAAGAAGAUAAUUACAUCGACAUUUCAUCAAGUGAUGAUGAACAGGUGGAAUCAUUAGUUUGCGCAGUGCAGGAGGAAGAAGCGAAAGCGGAGGCUUCAUCAGACAGUGAUGGAAAACCGGAUGAUGAUGACGAUGAUGAUGCCGGAUUAACCGAGGAGGAAGUAGUGCUCGCGAAAACUAUAGCCGAAUCUCCGGAUAGCGAGCAGAACGUGCAGAAAGCGGCGCUGGUAUUGAGAUUGCGAGAGGGUAUCGGCUCUCUAGGCAGGAUCCUAAAGACAAUCGAAAAUUUCAAGGGCACGAUCACUCAUGUCGAGUCACGGCCCUCCAAGAAGGAGGGUCUGCAGUUCGAGGUCUUGGUCAAGAUUGACAUGAGCAGACAGAGUCUGUUGCAGUUGAUUAGAAAUCUACGACAAAGCUCGGCCUUGGACGGCGUAAACCUGCUCGCCGACAAUUCCGUCAGCAUCAAAGAUCCCUGGUUUCCCCGUCACGCCUCCGAUCUCGACAAUUGCAACCACCUAAUGACUAAGUACGAGCCGGAUCUCGACAUGAAUCAUCCAGGCUUCGCCGACAAAGAGUAUCGCGCUCGUCGCAAGGUCAUUGCCGAAAUUGCUUUCGCUUACAAGUACGGCGACCCGAUACCUUCUAUUCCUUACACCGAGACAGAAAACGAAACUUGGUCGCGCGUCUUCAACACUGUGUUGGACCUGGUGCCGAAACACGCGUGCAUGGAAUACCAGAGAGUCUUCAAGAAAUUGCAAGAGGAGAGGAUCUUCGAGUCUCACCGUAUACCACAGUUGCAGGAAGUCAGCGAUUUCUUGAAGAAGAGCACGGGAUUCACUCUUCGACCGGCCGCCGGUCUCUUGACAGCGCGGGACUUCUUGUCCAGUCUUGCCUUCAGAAUAUUCCAGAGCACCCAAUAUGUCCGCCAUAUCAACAGCCCGUAUCACACUCCCGAACCAGAUUGCAUUCACGAACUCUUGGGCCAUAUGCCGCUUUUGGCCGAUCCAAGUUUCGCUCAAUUUUCGCAAGAAAUUGGAUUAGCGUCUCUUGGCGCUUCAGAUGAAGAAAUCGAGAAGCUAUCAACUAUUUACUGGUUCACGGUUGAAUUCGGAUUAUGUAAGGAAGGUCCUGAAGUCAAGGCUUAUGGUGCUGGCUUGUUGUCAGCUUACGGUGAACUCUUGCACGCAUUGAGCGAUAAAUGCGAACAUCGAGCUUUCGAUCCGUCAAUUACCGCUCUCCAGAAAUAUCAAGAUCAAGAAUACCAACCGAUAUAUUAUGUGGCCGAGAGUUUCGAGGAUGCCAAGGAGAAAUUCCGUCGUUGGGUGGCCACUAUGAGCCGACCAUUCGAGGUCAGGUUCAAUCCGCAUACGCAACGCGUCGAAGUCCUUGACAGUGUUGAUAGACUGGAGGGUAUGAUUUCCCAACUCAAUACCGAGAUGACCCACCUUACGAAUGCCGUCAAUAAAAUGAAAGCGAGACAAUUUGCGUAAGGAUGAAAACUUCCGCGUUUUCGUUUAUGAUUCGAUUAUUCCUUUUGCGAACCAUCGAACCUCGAAAUCGAUCACUUAGCCAAUUAAAUAAUCUUUAAACUCUUCGGUGACAAUAAUUUUCGAUAAUCUAUCAAAGAAUAGCAGAUAAUUAUUAUACUAUAAAAAAACGUUCUUCCUAGUAAUUGUAACAGAGCUUAAUGAGUCUUUUAAUGGUACAUUUCGAAAGCGUACCAGUAAUUUUAAGGAAGUUAUAAGACCAUCGCGAAAGAGUUAUUUGUUUUAAAUAAGAAAAAUAUAUUUUGAAUUGCAUCGAAACUUCAGCUUCCAGGUUCGGUGGAGCAUAUCAUCUCAUUAUCAUAAUUUUUAUUGCGUAAUUCGUCCUUCAUUUCGUGUAUAAAGUCGUUCAUUUGCGUUGUUAUAUGCGUGUACGCGCACUGAAUAUAAACAGUGAAUCUGAUUAUAAACAAUGACGUUACUCUACUUUGAUGCACGCGAAGCGUGUCAGCUUGUAUUGCGUUUGUAUUACGUUUCGUCAAGAUAAUCAUACUUAAUUAAGUAUACUUAAUUAAGUAAAUUGUGACAGUCCAAUCUUUUGUUCUUAGACACCAAAUGAGCGGAAAUACAUAUCACAAGAUUAUCUUUGAAUGGAAAUGGAAUAGCAUUGUCUUUUUUCAUCAAUAAUUGCGCGUACAUGCAUAUGAAAGAUUCUCAAAAAUAUUAUAUUAUUAUUAAUUAUUAUUAUUUCGUUCUAUUCUAUUAUAUAAUAUUGUAUUAUUAUGCUAGUACGUUACGUUAUAUAUAGAUGAAUUUACUUAAUCCAGCAGACACUGGCAUCUGUCUCGAUAAUUCGUAGUACAGUCUAUUUAGCGAAAGUUAUAACGCGAGAUGGUUGUAGCUAAAAAUUAUAUCGUAGUCUUGUAGAACUUGUAGAAUUCGCGGGAUUGAUUCCUCAUCGCGAUAGAAUUUGUUGUUCAAACUUGAGCGUACAGUAUUCUCUUCUUUCGCGAAUUAAUUAUAAUGUCACACGGUGGCUGUAUGGAGUUUCGUUGAGUGGUUCUCCCGGACUAGCCGAUAAGAAGUGACCGUUCAAUAAAUGUUCUUAUUGGCUUGUCGCACUUAGAAUUUUAAAUUUAGAAUUUUAAUUUAGAACCUAUAUCGAAUUAAACAGUAUUUCGUAAAGAAUAUCUUUAAGUUGUGUUCUUACUUAGAUAGUUCGCAUCUGGGCGCUGUAUCGUUUCUUGUUCGAUCGAACUCUUUGGAGAUAGUAGUCCCCAAACAGUUACGGAAGUCACGAAGCGAUAUUGCUUUAGAAAGA